AGCAAGCAGCAGGUCGGGAUCGGGUUGAGAAGUGGAUUGACUGGGAGCUGGGAAUCCGAGUUCAGGCAGAUAGCACCGAGACAGAGAGGAAAGAGAAAGAGGGAGGGAGUGUGAAGAAGAGAAAAAAACCCCAAUCCAUGGCCAUCACGUGACGCUGGGAAGAUUGGAGGGGGAUAGAGGGAAGGAGAGAGAGAGAGGAAAGAAGAGGAACCGAAGAGGAAAAGCGGGAGCGGAUCGAGGAGGCGCCGGGAGUGAGAGCUAUUUCCAGAUGUACAGAAGAGUAUUCCUGAGGCCAGGCACGAGGACUUGUGCAGCAGCUGGUGACAUUGGCAUCUGUCGGAGACACAGCUACGGAACGAUGGGUAUCUCAGAGUGAGCUUGAGGAUCCAAGAGCAAGGGUCGGAGUUUAAUGAGAUCCUGCCGGGGACUGGACUGUGGAACGCCACGACAUGCAGUCGUACCGGGAGCAGAGUAGUUACCAUGGAAACCAGAGGCUCCUGCACCAAGAGUCUCAGGAGUCUUCUCGAUUGGACAGCUACAACCAGCACCAUCAGGCCCCCAUCUUUGGCGGCUAUGCCAACCGGCCAGGCGGCGAGGGCUGUGACCAGCAGCUGUACCCAGGGUUCCGCAGGGAGCCUGCCGAUUACUACUACCCCAGGGCUAAAGACCUACCCGGGCCCCAGGCCCAGCGCAGGCCUUUGCAGAGCGGAUAUGGGGCACAGCAGGCUGGAGGCUACUCAGUGCAGUACCUGAGCGAGGGUCAGUGGAGGGCACCUCACUCUGCCCCCAUGCCAGGCUAUGGCCAGUUUGACCAGGAGGCCUACGGUGGUCAGUUUUCGCCCAGCAGCACACAGCAGCAGCAGCUCCGACACCAGCCUUUCCAGGCACCCCUUGGCUCCCAGGCAGUGGUCCAACCCUCUCCCUCGUCUGCCCACCACCCCCAGCAUUCCCACCAGCCCAGCCCGGCCCUGCUAGCAAAGUAUCAGCAACGGGCAGCUCAGUAUAACCCCCAGCAGUUCCAGACCACUGUGUCGUCCUCCUCAUCAUCCUCCUCCUCCUCCUCUUCCUCCUACCUGUCGCCUCAAGGUUACAGCCACCCUUCAGGGCAGGCUUUUGAUAGUUACCACGUCAACGCCGGUGCCCAGUGUGAUGGUUACAUGGUUAAUGCCACGACUGCCCCGAGCUAUGGGACCCAAGCGGGUUACAGCUACCAGGCACCGAUGGGCAAGGCUUGUUUCGAACAAUCAAAGGCGGGUCAGGGUCAGCAGCCUGGGCCUCAGGCCCUGCAAUACCCCAGUGCGGCCAAAGUGCCCCUGGGGAACCAGCAGUUUGCCCCCUAUUGUUCAGCCGACAUUCCCGCCAAAUCGCCCAUGCCCUUCCACCAGAACUUCAGCCCGAGUUCCAACCCCUCACCGGCCACCCCAGUGGCCCAGUCCCCGUCAUGUAGCUCCACCCCGUCUCCUCUGGUGGUGAGCAGUGAGAGUUUGCAGUGUGGGCCGGGAGCCAUGGGCAUGAGGAGCCGAGCGUUGCCGCUCAUGCCCCAGCCCAGUCCCACCCCGGCGGGCCUGAUGCCGAGUCCAGGAUCGCAGCCUGCGGCCUACGAAGGCUUUGGGUUGGAGAGUGGGACCGAGAAAAGGCCCUCGGACCUGGGCCAGAGCAGUUUGACGGCCCUGAGCUCUCAGGUGGCGAACAUCCCCAACAGGGUGCAGCACCUGCUGAUCUCGGACACCCUGGCCUUACACCGACGUCAGGGCCGACGGCCCAACAAGAGACCAGGCCCGGCCGAUCACCAGGGUCUCGAGGAACCACUGAAAUCACCACAGGCCGAGUCGCUGGACGGGGCUUGCUCAAGCUCGUCCGAGGACCACGCGGAGCGAGUCCGUCAGCUCAGUGGCCAGAGUGGCUCCUCGGAGAGAGCCUACAAGGCCCACAACCCAGAGCCCGCAGCCACCGCCACCUGCUCGCCGGCCAGUUCCAUCGGUGACAGUGCCAGUCGGCACCUCUCCAAGGAAGAAGUCAUCGCCCAGAUGUGCCAGGACGGUAAAGGCAGCACUGCGGCACCACUGAUUGAGCAAGGCCUGUCCCGCAGCGAGAAACCUGUCGGGGUCAUCGUUGCCCGGGAGACAAUGGUCGGUCGGGGCAAUGCCAUGACCCUUGGGGGUCAGGGGGAGGAGCACCCGCAGCACAAUACGUUUCUCACUGGUAGCGAGAAGGAACCUGGCCUCCAUCAGCAACUCAGCAACACCCGCAACGUCAUGGCGCCUUCGACCACCCCAAAUGGGUUGGUGGUCCACCAGGGCCAGAUGGUGCUCAGUGACCCCCUGGCCCCAAGAAUGGACACCUCCAAGCCCCCUGGCUACUUGGCAUAUGGGCGUCCCGAUGUGCCCAAGGGUGAUGGCCGAUACCACUACAUGCAGUACCCAGCAGCCACAUACAGCCAACCAGGGCCUGAGCAGUUUGGUCUGGGAGACGGCAAGGUGCCUCCUGGAAAACCUGACAAGAGCCACAGUUUGCUCCAAGAGGCUUUACAGGCCAACUAUCACGGGAGGAAGUUCCAUUCGAGUUACGCUCCAGAGGAUCCUCACUCCAGCUUCCUGGAGAACCCACUACAGCCCGUCAGGCAGAUGAUCGAGUUGACCAGAAAAGGGGGACAUAACAACAGCCUGGCCUCUCCCCCGGGCUGGGGGGAUGCAAGGACCCCAGGCCCUGGCUUCGGCCCAGAGCUGAACAAGGCCGACCUCGAACCUUUGUACGAGCCCGGGGCGUCAGAGAGGAAGUCGGUCAUUUGUGACGUCUCCCCUUCGAGGUCCUUCGGUCAUGGGCCUUUACCCCCGGCCUGUGGUCAAGGGCAGGACCGGGAGCUGAGUCGCAGCAUGAAGGGAGCUCGGGCCUGCAAGGCCGGGCAGACGGUUAUCCAGGCGGGCAUGUAUGUUGGAGCAGACGGGAAAGCCAAGGGGAUGAUGGAGCAGCAUCAGGGUCAACUGAGGAGCAUUGGACAGUAUGACAGCAGAGAGCCCGGGACCCCUUCGCCCCACUGGAAAUACGACUCCUUUGAGCUGGCCCGGUCUUCAGCACUGGUCUCGAUGCCAUUGUCCAUGGGAUCCUCCAGCAGCCUGCUCCAGCAGGCCCUCAACAGUCGACCCUCGAGGGGCAGAAGGCCCAGUGGUCGGGCAGGAGGCAGAGCUGGGGUAAGGAGGAGAGCCCCGACUCGGGCAGACGACAAAGCUCUCUUAGCCAGGGCACCUCUGAUUAAACAGGAGGAGGUGCUGGGGUCCCGGUUGCCUGGAUUCCUGGGCCGUGCGGGGGAGGACCUGCCCGUCCUGCCUUGCACCAGCGCCUCACACCCUCCCCCCUCACACUCCGAGACCCUGUCCUCUCUGCUGACCAAACAAGAUGGCCCUCGCUCGUCCGGUCCCGAGGCAUUGACCAGCCUGAGGUCUCCCAGGCAGGCACCUAGCUCCAAUGGGGUGAGAGACUGGGCGGACGCUCCCGAUGGCAAGGCUUUCCCAAUGGAAGAUAGCUGGACCGGUGUCCCGAAAGAUCCACGAGCUCCUUACGCCCCGGAGCAGCAAUCGAGCAGCCACACCGCGCUCCAGCACCGCGAAGGGGAUAGCACGAAGCUGGGUGAACGGCCAGCAGAGGUGGACAACUUAUCGCAGCCCGGUCGAAGGCCAAACGAGUCUCCAGCUCAGGCGGAGCUGUCCAUUCAGUCAUCCAUCUUGUCAAGGAGAAGGAUUCGAUCGUUCAUAUCACCCAUUCCAGCGAAAAGGCUUUGCCAAGACUCCCGAGCCAGGGAGCUGGAUGGUAGAUUAGCUCCUCCUCCUCAGGGCAUUGCCGGCGGAAACCCAAUGCACAAGGCCGAGCCGGGUAAUGAAGCUCCACUGACCAACAGCGACAAGGACAGCCCCGGAGCCAGCAUUUCUCCAGUGGUCUCCCUCACCAGUCCCGGCAAACUCAAAACUCUACCGCCUAGGAAAGGCCGGGGCUUGAAGCUGGAGGCCAUUGUCCAAAAGAUCGCAUCCCCCAAUGGGAGGAAGUUCCCCGUGGCUGGAAUACUGGAUGGGGCGUCCGAUGGGGUAACGCUGGAAGAUAUCCUCUCGGUCCGCGAGGGAUGCUGGGAGAGCGAGAACGUGCCAAUGGUGCGCCCCGGGGUCAAAGUGCAAGGAGACGUCACUAGGGAGCCCGAGGCCCAGGCUGGGGGCACAGGUGUUCCCAACUGUCCUCAGGCCUACGGGGGCACCCCUCCAGGACCCCGCCUCCCAUACCAGCCCGAGUUCAAGCAGCGGAACCCCCCGGCCUCUUUGGCCCGCUCCCCACAGCUCGAGCUGGGCCAGGGUCUCGCCAGCGGCGCCCCCAAACCGGACAGCAUCCCCGCCAAGGGAUACUUCCCGUCGGGCAAGAAGAGGGGCCGGCCCCUGGGGAGCAUCAACAAGACCAAACGGCAGCUGCAGCCGUGCCGAGGCUUGCAAAACCCGGGCGAGGGGGCAGAGGAGGGCGCCCUGAAAAAGAGGAGGCCCAGGAGGAAGAAGGCACCGCCACACCCACGGCGCAGGAGGAAGAAGCCAGAGGCCCCUGUGGCCUUACUCGAGGAGCCUGAGAUCAAACUAAGUCACGUGGGGGUCCGUGCCACCCGCAGGAGGAGGGGUGAGGCCCAGGAUCGGAUCUUCUCGCCGUACGUACUCCUGGAGCGGAGGCGGGAGGCAGUGCUGCUUUGCACCAUCAUCAACACCCAAGACGACGAACGGAACCGGGCCCAGAGAGGGCCCCAGGGUCACCAGGGACCAGUGUCCGCUCCCACCCCCAGCUCUGCUGGCAAAGUCCUGCCCACCUCCUCUCACGUGGUCCUGGGCCCAUUGGUGACUGAGAGCUCCACCCUUGGCCUGCUGCUCUGCUGCUUGUGUGGUAAAUGUGCUAACCACCGUGACCUGGGUGACCUCUUUGGGCCCUACUACCCCUACCUUUACGCCAGCACCUUGCCCAAGAACCCACCCCCCAAGAAGCUGCUGACAGCACCCAGCCGAGUCAAGGUGAGGCACAAAAGCAUGCCCGAACUCCUAAAGACUGGUCACUCAGAAGAUGAGGGAAAAGAGCUGGGCACUGUCCCAGGACACACACGGUUGAAAAGGCGCCACUAUUCCGAGGAUUGUACCCCAUCCUGGGCGGGUCCCCGUAGCAGCAAGGGUCACCGACGCUGUUACUGCUGUGAGAAAACCCUAUCGUCAGUCUCCCUUCGGACUCCGAGAUUGAAAAGUGAGCUCAGUUCCCAGGUGGACCUUCAGCUGCCUCAACUACCUCUCGACCCCAAUGAACUGUGGGUCCAUGGCGCCUGUGUGCUCUGGGCCAGUGAGGUCUAUCUGGUCUCCGGGAGCCUCUAUGGAUUACAAGAAGCUGUGGAAAUGGCCCGAGAGACGAAAUGCUCUCACUGCCAGGAGCCUGGAGCGACCCUGGGCUGCUACUGCAAGGGAUGCCCACUAAACUAUCACUACAUCUGUGCCACAGAAGCAGGUUGUUUUCUGAAUGAAGAGAACUUCUCAAUGAAAUGUCCCAAACACAAGCACAGAGCUGCCAAGACCAGCAGUACAGAGCAGUCCGAACGAGGCUGAGUGCACACUACACCAUUCCCUUUGGACGAAACACAAACAGGUCCCCUGUUGAUGGAGACGGUGAAUCGGAAAUGAUUAUACACGACCGGACACGGUGACUCUAUGGGCAUGUCCACCAAACCCUGGCACCCUCACUGUUUACCACAACCAUGUUGAAACACCGGCAACAGACUCGGAGCAAAUGUAACACGUACCCCUUUCCCCCAGGGCCUGCCAUCCCCGAAACGAACCCUACAGUGCCCCCCUCCAAGCCUAGAACUCCACAAGGGCCCUUAGCCCCAGGACCCAACUCCCCACGAGAUCCAGGGACCGCAUCCCACUCAAAUCCCGAGGUCCGUAUCUCAGCCGAAACCCGGUCUCCCCCAAAUUUUGGGACCUCGGGGUAAGGGAGCAAUGAACACAGUCAUGCCCUGGCCCACACACACCCCACCCUGCGCUUCCCCAGCCACCCGGACCCCACGGAAUGCCGGGGUCAAGGAACGGCCCACUCCCCCAACCCCAUUUGGCCUCUGAACCAUUUCCCACACCUCUAACUGCCCCCUCCCAAUAUAAAUGAGUUUGGUUGGAGAGAGUGGGUUUCCGAGAUUAUAUAUUUUAUUUUUAAAUAUAUCGGUGAGUUUUGAUUUUCAAAUACUUUUUCUUUCCUGUUUCUCUGUCCCCUGCUUUCAUUGGCUGACCACAGCCAGAUCUCAACACAUGUGGGACAUUCUGAUGUGAGAGUGUAGCCCGGGUAUGUUCAGUGUUACUUUGGGUGUUUUAUUCGAUAUAUAUAUAAUAUUAUAUAUAGUUAUUAAAUUGUUUACAACAAUAAA